AACCAAUGCGCCGAAGACAGUGAUUACUAUUUCUGGUUCACGGCAAUGGUAAAUCAUUGGAUCCGAUAGUUUCACUAUUAGUAAUUCUCACCCCAGCAUUAGCAGGAGUACGUCUACGGAAAUGACUAAUCUUCUGUUUCCGCGUGGCAGGACUCGCGCGAUCGAAGAUCUGGCCUAUUAGCAAGCGCGAUCUGCUCAAAGUAACAAGGACAUGAAGGAAAUCGUUGUUAUCGGCGGCACAGGAGCCCAGGGCACACCUGUUGUUGAAGCAAUCUCGGCCAGUAAGGAAUUCUCUGCUCGGGUCUUGACUCGAAAUGCCAAGUCACCACGUGCGCUUAAGCUUGCGGAACUGCCCAAUGUCACCCUGAUCGAAGGCAGACAGGAUAGCCAGGACGACCUGCAUAGAGCAUUCCGCGGUGCCUAUGGUGCGUGGGUCAAUACUGAUGGUUUCACGCUUGGGGAGAAAGCCGAGCUCUUCUACGGUUGCAGAGCCUAUGAGAUUGCACGACAUGAAAGAGUGCAGCACUACGUGUAUUCGAGUGCAGAUUUUGCCUUGAAAGAUGCCGGGUGGAAUGCAGAGUAUCAUUGGGGUCACAACGAUGCUAAAGGCAGGGUGGCAAGCUACAUUCUAGCCCAAGGGCAGGAAGGUAUCAAAAGCUCAGUCAUCACCACGGGCCCGUACAUGAACAUGCUCUUUGAAGCUAUGUUUCUGCCUGAAGAGCAGGAAGAUGGCUCAUUCGUUUGGGCUAAUCCAGCAAAGUCCGGCAAGAUCCCUCUUAUUGCUCUAGAAGACAUGGGACAUUACAGCAUGUGGCUGUUUCAGAACUUAUCAGAGUCUGCAGGAAUAGAGCUUAGAGUCUGUACAGACGAGGUGGCACUCACAGACAUCGCAGCAACCUUCACAAGGGUAACUGGAAAGAAGGGACUGCACAAGUAUAUAACUGAGGAGGAAUACUUCCCUCUUGCUGAGCCAUUCCCAGGGGCGCUAGGUAACUGGGCUGCUGGGCCUGAUGCUCCUGUAGAUGAGGCCAGUAUGACAUGGCGUCAGAAUUUUUCAGCUUGGUGGAAAUUCUGGGGCCAAGGAAAGGCAGUCAAAAGGGACAUUCAGCUGCUCAACCGUAUCCACCCGAAUCGUAUUAAAUCCCUGGAGGAAUGGAUGCGAAGCGUUCAGUAUGAUGGGCAGCGGAGGAGCGUUCUGAAAGGGAUUUCAGAUUUGACUGAGCAAGCUGAGCUAGCGCAACACUACACACAAUAAAAUUGGAGGUUGUACCACUCCCUGUGUAUAUCUUUAUACCAAGUUCGCUCACUUACGUACCGUGCUC